AUGGGUACCGGUGUGUUACUAAUGAAACAAACACCACACCCUCAGGCGCGCGACGUGACGUCGUGGUCGGCGGCGCUGCGCGGCGAGAUGGCGGGCGCGGCGCGCGCGCGCUCGGCGGCGGCGGCGCAGGCGCAGCGCGCGCACCACGACGCGCUGCGCGCCGAGCUGGACGCGCGCGACGGCAGCUUCCGCGCCGCGCUGGACGCGGGCGAGGCGCUGCUGCGCGCGCAGCACCCCGCCGCGCCCGACGUGCGCGCGCGCUGCGCCGCGCUGCUGGACGAGCGCGCGCGCCUGCAGGCGGCGUGGGCGGCGCGCCAGGUGGCGCUGGACCAGCUCAUCGACUGGCACUGCUUCGAGCGCGACGCCAAGCUGCUGCACGACCUCUGCGCCGCGCAGGAGGCGCAGCUCGGCAGUGAAAUCUCACCAACCAGCAGCGUGGAGGAAGUUGACAAUCAGCUGAAAAAACACGAGGCGUUUGAGAAGUUGCUCGCUACACAGGAUGAGAAACUGACAACUCUGAACAGCCACGGAGACAAGCUGCUGCAGCAGAACCACGUGGAGAGUCAGCGCAUUGCUGACGAGCUCCUCAAUAUUAACGAGAGGAGGAAGAAGCUGUACGAGUGCGCGGCGGCGCGGCGCGCGGCGCUGCGGCGCGCGCUGGCGCGGGCGCGGUUCGCGCGCGACGCGGCGGAGGCGCGCGGCUGGGCGGCCGACAAGCUGGCGCAGCUGCCCGCGCACCACGCCGGUGAAGUUACAAACCUUGAAGACAAAAUCAAAAAACUCCAAAAGCACCAAGCCUUCACCGCCGAGCUGGCCGCCAACAAGGCACGCCUCCAGGAAAUCCAUAACCUGGCAGACCAGCUCACCCCCGACCCGGAGGUGGAGAGACAGCUGCAGGAACUGUACAAGGACUGGGAGAGGUUGGAGACCGCGACUGAACAGAGAGGUCGUGGCCUAGAGGAAGCCCAGGACAUCCUGGAGUUCAACCAGCACUUGGACAAGAUUGAAGCCUGGAUCAGAGACAAGGAGAUGAUGGUGCAAGCCAACGACACGGGGCGCGACUACGAGCACUGCACGGCGCUGCUGCGCAAGCUGGACGACCUGGACUCCGACAUGAAGGUGGACGACAAGCACGUGCGCACCAUACAGGCGCUCGCCGACAAGCUGCUGCAGCAGGGCCCCACGCAGGAGGCGGAGGCGGUGGCGGCGCGGCGCGACGCCUUCCUCAGCAAGUGGCGCGCGCUGUCCGGCGCGCUGCGGCAGUACCGCGAGCGCCUCUCCGCCGCGCUGCGCCUGCACGCCUUCGACAGGGACGUGGAGGAGACGUCGGAGCGCGUGGCGCAGAAGGCGGCGCAGUUCGCCAGCACGGAGCUGGGCCGCGACCUGCGCGCGGCGCACGAGCUGCGGCGGCGGCACGGCGCGCGCGCCGCAGAGGCCUCCGCCAUCGGCGACCGCAUCCGCGCGCUCACCGCCGACGGGCACGCGCUGGCUGAGAGCCACCCGGCGCACGCGGCGCAGAUCAGCGAGCGGCUGGCGGCGCUGGCGGCGGCGUGGGCGCGGCUGCAGCAGCAGGCGGAGCGCCGCACCGCCGCGCUCGACGACGCCAUCAACGAACACAAGUUCGAGGAGAACCUCAAGGAGCUGGAGCUGUGGGUGUCGGAGGCGGUGAAGCGCAUGGAGGGCGCGGAGCCCGAGAGCGUGGCGGAGGCGGAAGCGCAGCUCGAGCAGCACCAGGAGAAGAAGGCGGAAAUCGAUGGGAGACAAAAAGCGAUCGCGUCGCUCCUGAAGGAGGCGGAGCAUUCCCAGGACCCGGAGAAGGUGCAGAGGGUGGAGAAGCUCUCCUCCACCCUGGACCAGGCCUGGCUGCAGAGGAAGCAGUACUUGACACAGGCCUUCGAGCUGCAACAGCUGAAGGAGCAGGCGCGGCAGGUGGAGGACUGGCUCGCCGGCAAGGAGGCCUUCCUCAACAACGACGACCUGGGAGAGAGUCUGGAUGCGGUGGAGACGCUGAUCCGCAAGCACCAGGAGUUCAGCAAGCUGCUGGAGUCGCAGCUGUCGCGCGUGGCGGAGCUGCGGCGCGCCGGCGCGGCGGCCGCGCACCCGCGCGCCGCCCGCAUGCGCCAGCGCGUGGACGCCGCCAGCGCGCGCGCCGACCUGCUCAAGGAGCGGUGCGCGGCGCGCGGCGUGACGCUGCAGCAGGCCAAGCAGCUGCAGCAGUUCCUGGGCGACCUCGCGCACGAGCGCGAGUGGAUCGAGCUCAAAAUGCAGAUCGCCACCGACACCAACUACAGAGAGCUGUCGAAUCUCCAAAGCAAGAUUCAAAAGCACGCCGCCUUCGAGUCCGAGCUGGCGGCCAACAAGAAGCGCAUCGAUGACGUCGCCGCCACCGGGGAGGACCUCAUAGAAGCGAAGCACUACGCGUCACAGGAGAUCGCGCGACACGUCGAGGACUUGGAGAACCUAUGGAGAGAACUCAUGGCCGCCGCCAAGCUGCGGCGCGAGCGGCUGCAGGAGGCGUACCAGGCGCGCGUGUACCUGCGCGGCCUCGACGACUUCACCGCCUGGCUCGACGACGUCGAGGCGCAGCUGCUCAGCGAGGACCACGGCAAGGAGCUGUCGUCGGUGCAGGCGCUGCUGAAGCGGCACGCGCGGCUGGAGGCGGGCGCGGCGGCGCAGGCCGAGGCCGCGGCGCAGCUGCAGGACACGGCGCGCGCGCUCGCCGCCGCCGGGCACUUCAUGGCCGACGAGAUACUCGCCAAGGCGGACGACGCCGUCAAACGGUACCGCCAGCUGCAGGAGCCGAUGCAGAUCCGCAGAGACAACCUGGAGGAUGCCGAGCAGCUGCACCGCUGGGAACGAGAUGCUGAUGAGGAAUUUAGCUGGCUGGCGGAGCGCGAGGCGGCGGUGCGGUCGGAGGAGACGGGCGCGUCGCUGUCGGAGGCGCAGGCGCUGCUCAAGAAGCAUCAGGCCUUGGAGGCGGAGAUCAUCGCCAGGGAGGCGACGGUGGGCGCGGUGUGCGCGCGCGCGGCGGCGCUGGCGCGGCGCGGGCACUUCGCGGGCGCGGCGCUGGAGGCGCGCGCGCGGGGGCUGCGCGCCGCGCACCGCGCCGCCGCCGACGCCGCCGCGCGCCGCCUGGCGCUGCUGCGCGCGCGCCUCGACGCGCUGCAGCUGCUCAACGAGCUGCGGGAGGCGGAGGCGUGGGUGUCGGAGCGGCGCGCGGCGCUGGCGGUGGCGGAGACCGGCCGCGACGAGGAGUCGGUGCUGGCGCUCACGCGGCGGCUGGAGGCGCAGCAGCGGGAGCUCUCCGCCUUCCUGCCCACCAUCACCAAGCUGGAGAAGAGCGUGCAGGAGCGCAGCGCGGAGGACGAGCAGGUGCGCGCCAAGCUGGACGAGAUCCUGCGCGCGUACGAGGAGACCAAGCUCAUGUCCGCCAAGCGCCAGCAGCGCCUGCAGCAGAGCCUCAAGUACUUCAAGUUCGUCCAGGAGUGCGAGGAGGUGCAGGAGUGGAUCAGCGAGCAGAUGGCGACGGCGGCCAGCGAGGAGUACGGUCUGGACGUGGAGCACGUGGAAACGCUGCAACAGGCCUUCGACAAUUUCCUCACCCAGCUGCACGCCAACGAGGGGCGCAUAGACGCGGCGUGCGAGGCCGGCCUCGCGCUGCUGGAGGACAACACGCCGGAAGCGGACCGCGUCAAGCACAAGAUGGACGACAUCCGCGGCCUCUGGGACGACCUGAAGGAGUUGGCCAUUGCCAGGCAAGAGGCGCUGGCGGGCGCGCGGCAGGUGCACGAGUUCGACCGCUCGGCGGAGGAGACGCUGGCGUGGCUGGCGGAGAAGGAGGCGGCGCUGCAGCUGCCGCGCGGCCGCCACCCGCUGCGCGCGCUGCGCGCCGACCUGCGCGCCAUCCGCGACCGCCACCGCCAGCUCGCCGCCGAGGCCGACAGGCUGGGCGCGGCGUUCCCCGACGCGCAGGAGCACGUGAGCGCCAAGCUGGAGGACGUGUCGGAGGCGCUGGCGGCGCUGGAGGCGCGCGCGGCGCACGCCGAGCAGCAGCUGGCGCUCGCCGACCAGCUGCAGGCCUACUUCGACACCUACCAGGAGCUCAUGGCGUGGACGGCGGAGACGCUGGCGCGCGUGACGGCGCCGGAGCUGGGCGCGGACGUGGCGGGCGCGGAGCGGCUGCUGGCGCGCCACCGCGACGUGGCCGCCGAGGUCGACGCCAAGGACGAGAGCUUCCACACCUUCUAUGCUGACGGCGAGAAGUUGGUGCGCGAGGGGCACUUCAUGUCGCAGGAGGUGGAGACGCGCAUGGCGUCGCUGCGCGCGCGCCGCGCGGCGCUGGACGCGGCGUGGCGGGCGCGCGCGCGCAUCUACGAGCACCACCUCGACGCGCUGCUCUUCCUGCGCGACGCCGACGCGCUCGACCGCUGGAUCUCCGCCAGAGUGCCGCUGGUCCGCGAUGGCAAGUACGGCGAGACGCUCGCGCAGACCGAGGAGCUCAUCAACCGCCACCGCGACCUGGAGGAGACCAUCGACGCGCAACGCGACAAGUUCCUGACCCUCAAGAGGAUCACCCUCAUCGAAAAAGCUUUCAAAGACCAACAAAAUGAAGAGCAAGAAGCAAGGAAGAAGUUGGCAGAGAAACAGGAAGCUGAUCGUCUGCAGCAGGUGAAGAGACGGGAGAUGGAGAGGAUCACGGAGGAGAGGCGGCGGGAGACUGAGCUGCAGGACAACCGAGGAGUUGGGGUUCUGGAGAUGCAGGAACAGAGACCGGCUAUGCAGGUGGAACGUCAGCUCAGCAGCAGCACGGGGGUGUCGGCGGUGUCGGAGGAGGCGCCGGAGCACCCGCCCGCCGCCAAGCCCGAGCCGCUGGUGAAGCGUGCUGAGAGCAUGAGCGUGGUGAAAACCCCGAAACGCACGCCGUCGUUCACGACGCGGCGCCGUACGCAGAGCUUCCGCCGGCACGCGCGCCCCGACGACCUGCCGCCCGUCGAGAUAGAAGGCUACCUAGAGCGCAAGCAGGAGGCGGGGUGCGGCGGCAAGCGCGCCACGGUGCGGUCGUGGCGCGGCUACUACACCGUGCUGUGCGGCCAGCUGCUGUGCUUCUUCCGUGACGAGCUGGACUUCGCCAGCUCCAAGGCCGCGGCGCCGCCGGUGGCCAUCCUGCACGCGCGCUGCGCGCCGGCCGACGACUACACCAAGCGCGCGCACGUGUUCCGGCUGGCGUGCGCGGACGGCGCCGAGUACCUGUUCGCGGGCGCCUCGCGCGACGCCAUGCGCGAGUGGGUCGCCAAGCUGGCCUUCCACGCGCAGCUGCCGCCGCCGCUGCAGCUCACGCCCUACCGCGCGCCCGACGCGCCCGGCGCGCCCGACUCGCCCACCGCCGACGUGCGCAGGCGUCUGCAGCAGAACGCGUCGUCGUCGUCGUCCGCGGCGUCGUCCCCCGAGCCGGCGCGCGCGCCGCGCUCGCAGGCCGACAUCCUGCGCGAGGCGCGCGGCGCCCGCCCGCCCUCCGUCACGCCCGAGAGGAACAUUGAGUCGUCAGUGUUGCCAUCCCUGCCGCCGCGCCAGCCGCCGCCGGUCGUCGACGACGCGGCCGAGGUCGUGCUCCGAAAUUCCGAGCAGUCCGCCCACACUUGGGGCCGGUCGAGAUUCUCGAACGGGCGCGACAUCAACGCGGAGUUCAUCAAGUCGCAACGUGACGUAGCAGACGGAGUCCCCCCACUCCCCAUGUCAGGCCCCCCGGACCGUCCACCAAAUAUCCCAGAGCGGGCCCCCGUUUUGCCGGAAAGGGGCCCUAACAUACCAGAAAGGUCAUCUAUACCAGAAAGGGGCCCGAAUAUCCCCGAAAGGGGCCCAGCUGUCCCUGAACGAGUCGAUCGUACUAAUAACAACGAUCGAAAUGAUCGAUCUGAACGAAGUUCGUCAGAACGAAGCGAAAAGUCGGUAACGGCGCUAGUGAACAGCUACCAACAGAGGAUGUCGAAGAGUUAUCAUGAGAAGGCGGAUCCUAACAGGAAUUCCGGGGGAUGGCAGAACAAUGAACGCCAGAGUAGCCAGAAUAGUCAGAACAAUAACUGGCAGGGGGUCGAAACUUCUCACUUCUAUUCGGCGAGCGAGCUCGCGUAUGGAGGCAGCAGCGGCAGCAGCACGCGCCCCGCCUCCGUCGCCGGCAGCGGGGGAUCCCCCGCAUUAGAUCAGAGGCCGGCUUCCAGGUCAUCUGGGGAGUCGGAGCUGUCCGUGGGCGGGAAGGAGAAGAAAGACAAGAAGGGAGUGUUCGGAGGACUUUUCAGCAGAAAGAAGAGGCCACAGAGUCACAUG